CACUUCACAAUCACCAACUAAUACCAUCAUUUUCCCCCCUUCUUUUUUCUUCUCAAACCUCUCCCAUCCAUGCAAUGAAUCAAUUACGGUUGAAGGUCCGGAACACCCCACUCUCCGGUCAUCUAGAGGAGCACCAACCCAAUCACCGCAAUGUCUUCGCAAUCGCAAUCGCAAUCGCAAUCGCAAUCGCAAUCGGACUAUGUUGACACGCCGGCAGCAGUGGUCGCAUACAACACCCCACCGGCACUAAUAGCACUUACCCUCACCGUCCUUGUUGUUUGCUUCGUGGCUUUCAGCAUCAUCUACCUCUGCAAAUACUGCUGUGCAGGUGUUGUUCACACGUGGACCUUCGAACGCACCGCCUCCGGUUCCCUCAUCCGUCUCUCCCCGGUGAGGUCACCGCCGAGAGGCCUCGAACCUUCCCUUCUCCAGAGCUUCCCAACCUUCCUCUACUCCUCCGUGAAGGAUCUCCGGAAGGAUAAGAAAAACUACAGCCUCGAAUGCGCGAUUUGCCUUUUUGAAUUCGAGGACGACAGCUUCCUCCGCCUCUUGACCGUGUGCUGUCAUGUCUUCCACCAAGAAUGCAUAGACCUCUGGCUUGGUUCCCACAAGACCUGCCCCGUUUGUCGAACCGACCUUGCCACGCCCGUGUCCCUCGCCUGUGACGAGGUCCGCCUCGAUGUUCCAGACGAGGAAGACACGGGCGAUGGAGAUAAAAAACGAGAACAACAUGAAGGAGAUGAAAGUGUGCAGAGGUUGGAGAGGGCGCACUCAACGGGACAUUCCAUUGUUAUGAUUAGAGGAAGGGGAGGAGAUGAUGAAGGUAUUACUUAUGAUGACGAUAAAUAUACUCUGAGAUUGCCGGGGCAUGUAAUAAGAGCAGGGCACAACUGCACGAGGAGCUUGGCAAGUUACAAGGACAUGGAAGGGCCUGCGCCUUGCAGUAAUUGUGGAUUUGUUCAACCGGUGUCUGCUUCCACUUCCCAUGCUCAACAAUCUUGAAGCGUGUUGUUCUUCAGCAUUAAUUCUUGAUUUUGUAUAUUUUUUUUGAAACGUUUCUUCCUAAACCAUUUGCUGUUUAUUGUUGUACACUAGUACUUGUAGGUUGAAAUAGAAGAUACUUCAUACUAGGUUAAUUUAUUCUUGUAGUGUGUAAGUGAUAGAAUAGACUAAUAUGAAUAAUUUAUUUAUUCUAUUUACUGUAAUUACGUUUGUAAUUAGGUUUAGUCAUUAUUAUUUAGUCAACUGCAUUU